UGUGUCCAGUAAAUACCACCGCGAGACUUCCGACAUCUCGCGAGACCUCGCAGCUGUCGAGGCUAGCUGUGACGCUGCUGCGCUCUAAUAACGUGUAAAUAUAAAAAACCAGCGAUGUUCCGCUUUAUGUAGCGUAUUUAUUAUAUCAUUAGCGUGUUGAUAUUUGUACCUGCGGGACGGACUGAACCAUGGAGGCCGGAGAAGAAGGCGCCAGCAGUGCCACGCCCACGGAGGAAAUGAACGGAGCUGGAAACCUGAUGGAUUUCCUGGACGAGCCGUUUCCUGACGUGAGCACGUAUGAAGACUUCCACACCAUCGACUGGCUCCGGGAGAAAUCCAGAGACACAGACCGACACCGCAAGAUCACCAGUAAGAGUAAAGAGUCCUUCUGGGAGCUGAUCAAGAGUCUGCUGGACGCCUGGUCGGGCUGGGUGGUGAUGCUGCUCAUCGGACUGCUCUCAGGUACGCUGGCCGGAGUCAUCGACCUGGCGGUGGACUGGAUGACCGACCUGAAGGAGGGCGUCUGCCUGUCGGCCUUCUGGUACAGCCACGAGCAGUGCUGCUGGACGUCCAACGAGACGACCUUCGAAGACCGAGACAAGUGUCCGCAGUGGCAGAAGUGGGCGGAGCUGAUGACCGGCCACGCUGAUGGAGCAGGAGCGUACCUGUUGAACUACUUCCUCUACGUCCUGUGGGCACUUUCGUUUUCCUUAAUGGCCGUGUCCCUGGUGCGAGUCUUCGCUCCGUACGCCUGUGGCUCAGGAAUCCCAGAGAUCAAGACGAUCCUCAGCGGCUUCAUCAUCCGUGGUUACCUGGGGAAGUGGACCCUGCUGAUAAAGACGGUGACCCUGGUGCUGGCGGUGUCGUCUGGCCUCAGCCUCGGGAAGGAGGGGCCUCUGGUGCACGUGGCGUGCUGCUGCGGGAACCUCUUCUGCAGCCUCUUCUCCAAGUACAGCAAGAACGAGGGCAAGCGGCGAGAGGUGUUAUCGGCCGCCGCAGCAGCCGGAGUAUCGGUGGCCUUCGGCGCCCCCAUUGGAGGAGUUCUCUUCAGUCUGGAAGAGGUCAGUUAUUAUUUCCCUCUGAAGACUCUGUGGCGUUCGUUCUUCGCCGCGCUGGUCGCCGCCUUCACGCUGCGCGCCAUCAACCCGUUUGGCAACAGCCGACUGGUGCUGUUCUACGUGGAGUACCACACGCCGUGGUACAUGGCCGAGCUGGUCCCCUUCAUCCUGCUGGGCGUGUUCGGUGGCCUCUGGGGGACCCUCUUCAUUCGCGCCAACAUCGCCUGGUGCCGGCGGAGGAAGACCACUCAGCUGGGGAAGUACCCGGUCCUGGAGGUCAUCGCUGUGACGGGGAUCACCGCCGUGCUGGCGUUCCCCAACCCGUACACCCGCCGCAGCACCAGCGAGCUCAUCUCUGAGCUCUUCAACGACUGCGGCGCUCUGGAGUCCUCACAGCUCUGUGACUAUAUCAACAACCCCAACAUGAGUCGACCAGUUGACGACAUCCCGGACCGACCGGCGGGACCCGGCGUCUACAACGCCCUGUGGCAGCUCGCCCUCGCUCUGGUCUUCAAGAUCGUCAUCACCAUUUUCACCUUCGGCAUGAAGAUCCCGUCAGGUCUCUUCAUCCCCAGCAUGGCGGUCGGAGCGAUCGCCGGGCGAAUCGUCGGGAUCGCAGUGGAGCAGAUGGCGUACCACCACCAUGACUGGAUCAUCUUCAAGAACUGGUGCCGCCCCGGCGCAGACUGCGUCACACCAGGACUCUACGCCAUGGUGGGAGCCGCCGCCUGUCUGGGCGGAGUGACCAGGAUGACCGUGUCCCUGGUGGUCAUCAUGUUCGAGCUCACCGGUGGGCUGGAGUACAUCGUCCCCCUCAUGGCGGCCGCCGUCACCAGCAAGUGGGUGGCAGACGCCUUCGGGAAGGAGGGAAUAUACGAGUCGCACAUCCAGCUCAACGGAUACCCCUACCUGGACGUCAGGGACGAGUUCACCCACCGCACGCUGGCCACCGACGUGAUGCGGCCGCGCAGGAACGACCCUCCUCUGGCCGUCCUCACGCAGGACAGCACCACGGUGGAGGACGUGGAGACGCUGAUCAAAGACACGGAUUAUAACGGCUUCCCCGUGGUCGUGUCCCGAGAGUCGGAGAGGCUUAUCGGCUUCGUCCAGCGCCGAGAUCUCACCCUCGCCAUCAAAACCGCCCGUCAGAAGCAGGACGGCGUGGUGAGCAGCUCCGUCGUCUACUUCACUGAGGAUGCGCCGCAGCUGCCGGCCAGCAACCCGCAGCCGCUGAAGCUGCGACGCAUCCUCAACCUCAGCCCCUUCACCGUCACCGACCACACGCCCAUGGAGACGGUGGUGGACAUCUUCCGCAAGCUGGGGCUGCGCCAGUGUCUGGUCACCAGGAGCGGGCGUCUCCUCGGCAUCAUCACCAAGAAGGACGUCCUGCGCCACAUGGCUCAGAUGAUGAACCAGGAUCCAGAGUCCAUCAUGUUCAAUUAGCGGCGGAGACGAGCGUCACUGCAGCGACGGUGUAAAUAUGUGAACCCGGUGCGACGCUACUGAAAAGCCCCUCCCACCUCCUGACAGGCAAGUCCACAGCUCCGCUCGCCGUGUCUUCAGUUCCACGCCGCCCGGUGACGGACUCUUUUAUUCAUAUUAACACAUUUCAAACCCUCACGCGUCCGAAGACGCAGAGAAACGAGUCGGAGGUGAUUUUAAAACUUCCCGAUUGUCUCCGCUGCCGUCGAGUUAAAAAAAGAAAAGCGUCACGUCGCCACACGUUGUGUCAGUUUCUUCUUUUCUGGUUUGUUUAGUGCUGCUAGUUUAAAUAACACAUUUAGAAAAGUGACCCUCAAGGGAAAAGCUGAGACUGAAGCAUUUCAACAUCUGUUAGUGGAGCUUCAGAGAACAAUCACAGGAAAGUUAAAAACAUUUCUAACAAUCUUAAAAUGAUGCCAAAGCCCUGAGGCGGCGUUUAGUGACGACUCGGUAUCGAGCUGAGAUAAAUUAAUCUGUUGUCGGAUUCCUCAAAUCAAAUAGUUUGUAGGUUUGUGAAAAGGUACAAGAGCAUCACUGAUGCUUUCUGAAAACAAGCUAUUCUGGGACCAUGUCGUCUUCACUGUAUAACCCUGGGUUUAUUUGGGACUGUUGCACUUUGUGUUAUUUUCCAUGUUGCUGCCAUAUUUAUAUUAACGCUCGUAUCAAUGUUCAUUUGAAUGAGUCACGUUUCUGUUGUUUGACCUGAAACCGUCGUGAAACACUCGUUUCUGCUCUCGUUUCACUUUCUGUCUUUUCUUUGUGUCAAAAGGUAAAAGCCUUAAAAUGUGACUUAGUCUGAUUCUCUGCAGAAACACGGAUGUUAGUGUUUCUCAUCAAGGCCUCUACACACACGGAUCACAUGUGUGGAUCGUUACCGGGGAUGAUACUGACACAAGAACAUAUUUACAAUCUGAGGAAGAAGAAAGUCCAACACACCAGAUUUCACUUUUCCAGUCUCUCAAUCAGCUGGAAGGUUUUUCUCUGAACACAAAGACUAAAACAAAACGGCUAAAUUAAUAUUUCUUCCUCACAAAGUUCGUCAGAAUUCAUCAAAAACAGAAACCUUGAGUUAUGACAGCGAAUGUCUCCGUCCCUAAAUGUCCAGAAUAAAAACCCUGGUGGUGGAUCUGUCUCUAAAGAUCUUCACCACAUGACCAGAUGAGACAUUUCUGGAAGUCGGGAUCAAAAGCUUCAUAUUGGAGCCGAACCAGCUCUAACCAGUGAACCUGCUGGUUUGAACUGACGACCCAGUAUCUCCCACGUGUAGUAGGGGCCUCGAUAACAAGUUGUUUCAACAAUGAUAAAAUAAGCUCAAGUUACUUAAACUGACUUGAAUAACUGAUGAUCCAGUAAAUCUGUCGACUUCGACUCUAAAGCUAAAUACGUCGUCAGAUUAGUUUUAUUUAACUGAAGUGAAACGUCCAAGUCUUUGUGUGUCUCCUGCUCCUCGACUGCACAUGUAGCGAUUCAUCCUGUUGGUUCUCACCUCGACGGAUCAGAGCUGCUUCCUCCAAACUGGAAACUGAAGAAAACACUCGAGCUAAUGAUCAAUGUUGUGUUUUUAAAAGCUAAGAGAAUGUACUGGACUAAAUAACCGUGUAAAUAUAAUGAAGAUUUAUUGUUGUCGUCUUUAAUUUAAGUCCAUUUUGUCUGAAACACGCUGUUGUGUUGAGCUCUGCUUGUUUUUUAUUUGUCUAAACUCUAAUAUUUAUCAGAUCCAUGAAUCCAACAGGAAACGGACAUUUGCACUUUUUGUUUUUGUAAAUGAAGUGAUGGAAAAAUAAAACUGAACAAACACGA